GGUUGUAAAUAGGAACUAAUACUAUUAGCUAAUGUAUAUAAAAUUUCAGAUAAUUCCAUCACAAAGUUAGCUUUAAACUUCAAAAUCCAAUUUCAAGAAGCCUGACGCCCUUCCCCGAAUGUUAUUUUUAGCCCCAGUGUCCGUGAGGUCUGUGUCCUUCCAACCUGUCCAGAUGUCACAUCGUUUUGAGGGACGGCUGUGUAAAAUAUUGAACGGAUCAUUCGAUUCGAUUCGAGUCGAGUCGAGAGCUGGAAAUUUUGGAAAGUGCGUGCAAUCGUCCAUCGAUUGUCUGCCGAAUGGUUCACCUUCCCGUGUUGGUUUCUGGUCUCGGAUUUAAGUAUUUUCUGGUCUUCGGACGUGCCAAUAGAGGAGAGACUGGCGGGCCGUCGGAUUCGAGGCACGCGGCUAUUUAUGUGGGUCAUUCACGCGCACGGGAUGUGGACCGCAUCCGUGGCCCCAGACCGAGUGUGUAAUUUACUUAGAAAUAGAUACAGAUACGGACACGGAUACGGAUACGGAUACAUGUGGCACAGAUACGCGGCUGGCAGACGCGCUUAGGUCCGGGGGUCGCCCCGAUACCCUGUAAUCCACUAGCAGAUGGCACACAUUUUGGGCUCCCCGAAGGGUGGGGCCACUCCUAGCCCAGCAAUGGGUAUCCUGCGAGUCGCCCUCUUUGGCAGAGUCCUCCUGCAGCUAUUGUUCCUUCAGCAAGUCGAGAGCUCUUGCGAGGAGGCUAAAACUUAUAAUCAUGGCAUCAUCAACAAAAUUAUCGUUUUGCCACAGACCUGGGCCGGGCCGGGGCCGGGGCCGGGCGGAGGGCUGCCCAGAUACACUCGCCAUUUAAGAGCAUAAAAGCGAAACGUGCUCCAAAUGUGAAUUACUCGCGUCCCAAAACCCACACACGCACACCCUUCAAGUGCCCGGGGUGGUGUGCGAGUCGACUCUGCUCUUUGGCUCCGGUUUGGCUCAUAACUUUAACUAUUUUACUCGGAACUCGGAACACACUCGACUCCUUCUUUGUUCUCCCUACUUUGUUUUCGUUUCCCGCUCCAAGAGGGAGCGGGGAGCAGGGUCCUGCCACCUUUGGAAUUCAGGGUGUGUGUGUUUAUUUUUUCGGCAAAUUAACAAGCCAACAACGCCACCGGAACUCGCCACUUGAGGGUGAAAAUUUAUAGAGAAGCGAGUGGCAAUAAAAUAUUGGAAUCGAACAAAUAAAGUAAUGACGGGCGUCUUUAGGGCCUCGCACGGAUGAAAUCUCGGAUUUAACGAUACUACUUCCGCCUUCCGGCGCCCCCCCUGGCACUCCACUGACUCCCCAGCCGCACCUGUGUCUGUCUUUUCAUCUCAAAGUGGCACCUCCCUGCCGUGUAAUUGAGGCACGGAAGAAGUCGCAAUCCCAAUCCCAAUCCCAAUCCCAUUCGCAAUCGCAAUCGCAGUUCGCACGAACGCACUUCCUCGCAAAUAGGGAUACCAUUCGGAGGCGAGAUCCUUUGCCGCUAAUUGCAAUUACUUCAAAUAUUAUUUUUAUUUGCACACAUUUCCGCGCCAAAAACCGCAAUCAGCACGGCGGAGGCCAAUCGGGAGGUAGGGGUGUCGGGAGAGCGAAUCGAACGACUGCCAAGCAGAGCGGGGGUGGGCGGGGGUCCUGCGAAGGACUAAGCCCGGCCCAUGAAUAUUCCAGAGGCCGACCUUAACCCGUCUCCCGUCCGCCCCCGGGCAUAAAUAGCAUAUUGACGUCGGAAAGCGGCUCCGAGCGGCUCGGCUGUCGCAUCCAUUUACCGGCUUGUCCAAAUCAGCACCUGAAUGCAUCAAGGACCUCCUGGCCGUCACUUCCAAUUGCAGUCGCCAUUCACAAUCGUCUGGCGUGGCUGCUGGCCGAUAAGCCACCCCGGGCAUGCCGCCCCCUCGCCGGCUGUCCUGUGUGCAAUAAAUCAAACAUCAAAGCGAUGGCCACCUCGGAGUGGAAGGCGGGUUUAUGCAGCGACAGUUGCCAAAAGGCACAAACAUUUCACAGAGCAGCUUCAACUGCAAAGCAAUGGCUUUCAGAUGGAUCUCCUUUCCAGGUCCUGGCCCCUGAAACACGCUUUGAUUUCAGCCCGAAGCUUUUUCUUCCAGCGCAGCCACUCGUUCAUAUGCAAAUGUAUUAUUUUAUUAUAAUUUCGACUAAACCUUUUAGUUUUUUUGGCUCUCCGGCACCUGCAUAAAUUUACCUGCAUGCCGAUAAAGUUGAUUAAAUGCAAAGUGGAAAGUGGCAAGUGGCAAAUGGCAGGUGGCAAGUGGCAGUGACAGAGGCAGUGACAGGCGGCGGGGAGUCCUUUCUGAAAAAGGCUUUCAAAGGCGACAGGGGCGGGCAGCAGCAGCAGCAUACUUUGCAAAUAAUGGAAAAUUCAACAAAAUAUUUUCAUAAAGGCGGGCAAAAAGCGGCCAGAGAGCAAAUUAAUUAUGAAAAGCAAUAAACAGUCAGCGAGAAAGUAACAAAAACGAGCGCUUUUUCUGACAGUGCAGCAGCCAUGCCACUGAAGAGCCAUGGCGGGUGUGGACAGUGCUUGUCGGAGACAGCCCCGCCGGAACGGCCAGCUGGUUAAUUGGCGCGGAGUCCACUUAUCGACAACUGUUUUGCGGCGGCCUAAUCCGCGCCAGAGCCCACUCCCACUCCCAUCCAGAAACAGAAACAGAAUAAAAGCGGCGAAGGGCCCGGCUUUCCGCUAAGAAGGGUGCUGCCCGAUGGCCGAGGAGAAGCACCGCAUGCUCUACCAGGGCCAGGACCCCGCAGCGGACCUCCCCCACCACCCUCUUCAGAGCGCGCCCCUGACGCAGCCCCCGAGCCCGCCCCAGCGUCCGCUCUCCCUCUCGCCCUCGGAGCCGCCCACCUACGAGGACGCCAUCGCCCCGCCGCAGGUGCUCGAGAACUUCGGUUACUCCCCGGACCGCCGCAGGACGUUCUUCGCGGAGCCCCAGCACAUAAGGAGCCGGAUGGCCGAGUUGGCCGUGGAGGAGACGCACUUCAGCCGCGAGGUGCUGCCCCAGCUGCAGACCAUUCCCGAGCAGGACGAGGAGCCGCCCGCCCUGCCCCCCAGGCCGAUGCCCGUCCACCCACCGCGUCUGCCCAUGCCGGAGGUGCGCAAUUUCUUCGCCCUGACUCCGCAGCCGAAGCUGGGCGACGCGGCGGCGGACAUCAUGUGCCCAGCCUGCGGCGAGAGGAUCAUCACGGAGGUGCGGAGGACCCCCAACGCGCGGACCAACGCCCUGGCCGGCUGGCUCUGCACUUUCGGCUGGUGCUGCUGCGCCUGUGUGUGUCCCUAUUUCCUCAACUUCUGCCGGACGACGAGCCACUACUGCCCCACCUGCAAGGUCUUCCUCGGCUCCCACUACCCGCAGGACCGCUGCCGUCAAUAGGCAUCGGACACGUCCUCCGGGACCUAAAUCCUGGCGCGUCCGCCCGUGUAUGUGUAAAUAAAGCCUCCCCGUACUGGUUCCGA